CGGGGCGCGGAGCAGCGCGGCGCCGGCCGCACGGCAGCGGCGGCAGCGAGGCGCCGCGGGACGGCGCGGAGCAGGAAGCGUCUGCGGGGCUCAUCAAAAUGAGCAAGUGACCAUCGGCGCCCGGCUCGGCGUUCCCGUCACGAGAGCCUCCGCAGCCUGCGCUCGGCCGAGCCGAAGCCGGAGGAGGAGGAGGAGGAAGGAGAAGCACAGCCUGAUCAGGCUCAGAGCAUUUAAAUACUUCAGAUGUGUGGGAAGGGAAGCCUGUUUUCAGUUCCUGGAAUCGAUUUUGCUAACUAGAAGAUCUGUCUCGCUUAUAUGACACACACAACUUUCAACAGUAAUAUCACAAAGGGCUUUUUUGUGUUUUAUAACUGCUAAUCUCGCCAAAACAGCAGUUCUUCUGUGAGUGUCAGUGACUUGAAAGACACGACGUGUUCGCAGCCUUGACCGUGGUACUUGGAAGUGUAAAGCUCCUGUUGCAUCGCGCUGGCUACAGCCUAGCUAAGAGGAUUACACUAGCUCUACCAGGAAUGUUUACCCUUGCAGAAGUUGCAUCGCUUAAUGACAUUCAACCAACCUAUCGUAUCUUGAAACCAUGGUGGGAUGUAUUUAUGGAUUAUCUAGCUGUUGUUAUGUUAAUGGUUGCUAUUUUUGCUGGAACCAUGCAGCUGACCAAAGACCAGGUGGUCUGCUUGCCAGUUUUGCAGUCUACUGUAAAUUCAAAAGCACAACCUGGCACAUCAGGGAAGGCUGACGUUACCACUGUUGAAACAACCACUGCUCAAGGAGAAGAAGCAUCAAUGAGAACGGUUUCCUUUGGAAGUGCCCCUACUGUAACACCUGAUGUACCUCUGAGCAGAGCUACCUCUUCUCAGUAUCAACCGACUGAAUCAGAUCAGGAGCUGAAGAAAGAGCAGAAAGAUUCUUUAGGCCGUAAAACCAAUUUGGAUUUUCAGCAAUAUGUAUUUAUUAACCAGAUGUGCUAUCAUUUGGCUCUUCCUUGGUACUCAAAAUAUUUUCCCUAUCUUGCUCUCAUUCAUACUAUUAUUUUAAUAGUCAGUAGCAAUUUUUGGUUCAAAUAUCCCAAGACUUGCUCAAAAAUAGAGCAUUUUGUGUCCAUACUGGGGAAGUGCUUUGAGUCCCCAUGGACUACAAAAGCAUUAUCUGAAACGGCAUGUGAGGACUCUGAGGAGAACAAACAGAGGAUAACUGGUGCCCAGUCCCUACCUAAGCAUGUUUCCACUAGCAGCGAUGAAGGAAGCCCAAGUGCCAGCACUCCCAUGAUAACAAAGACUGGCUUCAAAUUUUCGGCUGAAAAGCCAGUGAUCGAGGUUCCCAGCAUGACUAUUUUAGAUAAGAAAGACGGAGAGCAAGCCAAAGCACUGUUUGAGAAAGUCCGUAAGUUCCGGGCCCACGUGGAGGACAGUGAUUUGAUUUACAAGCUCUAUGUUGUCCAGACUGUCAUUAAGACUGUCAAGUUCAUCUUUAUUCUCUGCUAUACUGCAAACUUCGUCAACGCCAUUAGUUUUGAGCACAUCUGCAACCCGAAAGUGGAACACCUGAUUGGCUACACACAGUUUGAGUGUACACAUAACAUGGCUUACAUGCUAAAGAAGCUGCUUAUCAGCUAUAUUUCUCUCAUUUGUGUCUAUGGUUUUAUCUGUCUCUACACACUCUUCUGGCUGUUUCGAAUACCUUUAAAAGAAUAUUCCUUUGAAAAGGUCAGAGAAGAAAGUAGCUUCAGUGAUAUUCCUGAUGUCAAAAAUGAUUUUGCAUUUCUUUUGCAUAUGGUAGACCAGUAUGAUCAGCUGUAUUCUAAGCGAUUUGGUGUCUUUUUGUCAGAGGUAAGUGAGAACAAGCUACGGGAAAUUAGUUUAAACCAUGAAUGGACUUUUGAAAAGCUGCGGCAGCAUGUUUCCCGUAAUGCCCAGGAAAAGCAAGAGCUGCACCUCUUCAUGCUGUCAGGGGUCCCUGAUGCAGUGUUUGAUCUGACAGAUCUGGAUGUCUUGAAACUGGAGCUGAUUCCUGAAGCAAAAAUCCCAGCCAAAAUCUCCCAGAUGACAAAUCUUCAGGAGCUUCAUCUGUGUCACUGCCCUGCGAAGGUCGAGCAGACUGCCUUCAGCUUCCUCCGGGACCACUUGAGAUGCCUUCAUGUGAAAUUCACAGAUGUUGGAGAAAUUCCUGCGUGGGUGUAUUUGCUAAAAAACCUCCGUGAAUUGUACUUGAUAGGCAACUUGAACUCUGAAAAUAAUAAAAUGAUAGGGCUUGAAUCUCUCAGAGAGUUGAGACAUCUUAAAAUUCUCCAUGUAAAGAGCAACUUGACCAAAAUUCCCUCCAAUAUCACAGAUGUGGCACCACAUCUAACAAAACUAGUCAUUCAUAAUGAUGGCACUAAGCUUGUGGUACUGAAUAGCCUUAAGAAGAUGAUGAAUGUUGCUGAGUUGGAACUACAGAACUGUGAACUGGAGAGAAUUCCCCAUGCCAUCUUCAGUCUCUCUAACUUACAGGAACUGGAUUUAAAGUCAAAUAGCAUACGCACAAUUGAAGAAAUCAUCAGUUUCCAGCACUUGAAAAGGUUGACUUGUUUAAAGCUGUGGCACAAUAAAAUAGUCAACAUUCCUUCCUCCAUUACCCAUGUAAAGAACUUGGAGUCACUUUAUCUCUCCAAUAAUAAACUCGAAUCCUUACCAGCCGCAGUGUUCAGUUUACAGAAACUUAGAUGUUUAGACGUAAGCUACAACUCAAUUGCAGUGAUUCCGAUAGAGAUAGGUUUGCUUCAAAAUCUGCAGCAUUUUCACAUCACAGGAAACAAAGUUGAUGUUUUGCCAAAACAGUUGUUUAAGUGUGUUAAAUUGAGGACUUUGAGUCUGGGACAAAACUGCAUUACCUCAAUCCCAGAGAAGGUCGGUCAGCUGCUGCAGCUAACUCACCUGGAACUGAAGGGAAACUGCUUGGACCGUCUGCCAGCCACGCUGGGGCAGUGUCGGCUUCUUAGGAAAAGCGGGCUUGUUGUGGAGGAUCACCUCUUUGACACUCUGCCUUCAGAGGUUAAAGAGGUAUUGAAUCAAGACACAAGCAUUCCCUUUGCUAAUGGGAUUUAAGUGGAGGUGAAGCACUCGAGUUACUGACUUCCAAAUAGCAAAUGCUAAAAAGUGGGGGUACUGUAAGAUGAUGCAUUUUAGAAACAGGAAUUCCUUGGAGGGCAGGACUUACUAGCAGGAUUGUAGAAGAUGUAACUGAGUGUUCAGUGUUUGCAGUGUUUUAAAAGAUUAUUUCCCAGAUUUCUGAGAGGAUAAAGAACGUUAAUAAUCUCAAUUCUUUUUUCCUUAAAUUGUUUGUAACUUGGAUGCUGCCGCUUUUGAAUGUUUACAGAUUUGCUUGCCUGCUUAAGUAAAUGAUUAAAUUGAUGACCUUUUCUUACUAUGCAAGUUGUUCUUUAAGGUCUGGAUUUACUUUAGUGCAUUAUGGGGGAAAACCAAGGAUAAAUGUUAUAUACGGUAUGAUUCUAACAACCCUUGAAACACAUGUUGAUGUGUGUUGUUAGUGUUAGCCAUUGUCAGCAAAUACAACCGGUUUGGCUGUGCUUUGAACUGCAGUAAAGCCAACUGUUUUCCUGCAUACAGAUAUGUGGUUUGCAUAAGGCCAAGUGUGUUUGCUGUCAUCCUUCAUCCCCAAGGCAUCCUGUUGUUGGAUGAGAUUUGCUCCGCAAUCCCGCGUGCUACUCCUCCGGACCUGUGAAGACUCAUCCCUUUUCUGCAGUUGAUCUCCCCCAACUUUCACAACAUUUCUCUGUCCCGAGCAGCAACGUGGGGUAAAAAGGAGAGUACUGCCAUGGGCUUUCAAAUGGUGACAGUCUUGACAUUUGAACUGUUUUGCAAGGUGAUUUUGUAAGGUCAUCAGGCAAACCUUAAGUACUUUACUGCUGAUGUUUUGCUCCUCUUCAGAGUUUUCAUCUGGGAAACUCGAGGCAUUUUACGAGAGUCAGUGAAUGUUUUGUUUUGCAGCUCUUGCUUAGGAACGGAGGUGUCUGCUCUGUUUUCUAGACAAUUGGCAGAGACAUAAAAGAGUUACAAUUUACCCAGAAGUGAUUUGGUUUUAUUACCUAUUACAGUGUGUCGUCCACACCUGGACCCUAACAGGAUCUGAAAGGAUCAUCCUUUUCCCCCAGGCUCCAGUAAUCUGAUGUUUUUGAUCACGUAUGCACUGUUAGAAAACCUUAAAUGUGUGCCAGAUAGGUCAUCAAGUAAAGAAAAAAGCAGACAGCAGUGAGCAUGGGAAUUUUUUGUUUUGUUUUAUUUGACUGAGUUUGCAUUGCCAGAACCAUUAAAGAAAUAUAAUCCAUUAAAUCUGCAGAAUCAUCAGUUGUAAAUCUUGGCCAUUUACAUUCCAUGUGUGCAGAAAAGAAGUACUAUGCUGGGAGAUGAUUACAUGAUUACUCAUGGUUUAAACACAAUUCCCUAUUGUGGUGUGGUCAGGACUGAACUAGUCUGUAGUUCAAGGGACUGUUCUUGCACAGAAAUCCUCAUGCACAGUGAUUUCUACUGUAACUUCACCAGAGCUGCCCUGACUUUUACCACCAUUAACAAGGGGAUAGUUUAGGCCUAAGGGCACUGAGCAGUCAGGUGCAUUUCAAAUUCUGCUCUUACAAAUGUUGCACAUUUUAUUGUUAAUCAUUUACUGUUAAUCAUGCUGGGAGGACUGUUCUCAGCUGUAGGUAGCAGCCUCCAAAUACAUACCUGCACCAUAUGUUUAUGUAUAUCAGAAGACCAGUUUAUGGGUAGUGGUUUUCCCACUUCCUUGGGGCUGCAGCUCUGUAUGUUCUGCAUUUGCCAGCAGGUAGUAAAGUUGGGAUGUUCACACUUCUGCAACACCAAACAUGUUCAGUAGAAUAGUUGCAGUUACUGAUCUGUUGUCUGCUGGGAAAUUUAGUCAAUUUUGUUUUAAUAAGUUAAAAUUGUUAAGACUGCAGUGGAUUUUUUUUUCAAGAAACUCUUUUAUGUGUUUAAAUUUUUGCACAUAGAUCACUUUAAAAUUGCUGGGCUAUUGACUCUUAGAAAAACUGUGGAAUAUAGUGUUGGUGUAUGCUCUGUAUUUGCUGUUGAUCAUCGUUUCAGCCUCCAAGAAAUUGUGUGUAGGUGGGAGGGAGAGUUGGAGGAAGACAAAGUAAUUAAAAUAUUUAGAAAAACA